AGGUGAUGGGAAAUCCAGGCACUUUCAAAAGAGGCCUUUUAUUCUCAGCUUUGUCUUAUUUGGGUUUUGAAACUUACCAGGUCAUUUCUCAGGCUGCUGUGGUUCAUGCCACAGCCAAAGUGGUGCCGAAACCCCGCUUGACAGCAGUAAUUUAAGCACUGCACUUGAAGGUUUUUCUGAUGUCCAAAGUGAUUUCUGUAUCUGAUUUGCUUGUAUACCCAUUGCCAUCGAGUCAAUUCCGACUCUUAGCAACUCCAUAGGACUGAAUAGAACUGCCCCAUAGACUUUCCAAGGCUGUAAAUUUUCACAGAAGCAGACUGCGACAUCUUUUUCCUGCAUAGCUGCUGGUGGGUUUGAACUGAUGACCUUUCAGUUAGCAGCUGAGCACUUAACCACUGUGCCACCAGGGCUCCUUUUACUUGUACAGAAAAGUGUUUAUGUUUCUUAGAGUUAGUACCAUUUGUCUUGGGAAGAACUACUUUAUUGUGUCUUUUUUUUUAUAUAUAUAUACACACAAAGUUGAAGAAAUCCUUGAACAAGCAGAUUACCUAUAUGAAAGUGGAGAAACUGAAAAGCUUUAUCGGUUGUUAAUCUCAUAUAAGGAAAGUGAAGAUGCAGAGUUACUGUGGCGUUUGGCACGGGCAUCACGUGAUAUAGCUCAACUUAGCAGAACCUCAGAAGAAGAGAAAAAGCGAUUGGUGUAUGAAGCCCUAGAAUACGCAAAAAGGGCACUUGAAAAAAAUGAAUCAAGUUUUGCAGCUCAUAAGUGGUAUGCAAUCUGUAUUAGUGAUGUUGGAGAUUACGAAGGCAUCAAGGUUAAAAUUGCAAAUGCCUACAUUAUCAAGGAACAUUUCGAGAAAGCAAUUGAACUGAACCCUAAAGAUGCUACUUCAAUUCACCUUAUGGGUAUUUGGUGUUACACAUUUGCUGAGAUGCCUUGGUAUCAAAGAAAAAUUGCGAAAAUGCUGUUUGCAACUCCUCCUAAUUCCACCUAUGAGGAGGCCCUAAGCUACUUUCACAGGGCAGAACAAGUGGAUCCAAACUUCUAUAGCAAAAACUUACUACUUUUAGGAAAGACAUAUUUGAAGAUACAGAACAGAAAGCUUGCUGCUUUCUGGCUGUUGAAAGCCAAGGACUAUCCGGCACACACAGAGGAAGAUAAACAGAUCCAGACUGAAGCUGCUCAGUUGCUUACAAGUUUCAGUGUCAAGAAUUGAGAACUUUUCAGAGAAGACAGUACAUGAAUAUCUAAUAAACAU